AAGAGGAACGAGGGGGAGAAGAGGAUAGACAGAGGUUCUACUUCCUUGUAUGCCUAUCGGCUGUUUGUUUUGGGAAAAUUUGAAAAGCUGUUAUUGAUGAGCCUCUUUUUUUUCAUGUUUUGCUAGCAGUUCCCCCACCCUCCUUCUCUCCUCCGUCCAUCCCUCCCACUUUCUUUCUCUUUCACUGUUUCUCUGUAUCAUUUCAUUCUCUGCGGACAGUGUUUUUGUGCUCUGAGGGGGCAGGGAUUUGCCCAGGAGAUUCUGUUCUGGAUUACAAAGCAGUGAUGAAUGUUGCAGUCUCACACUGCUCGCGUCUCUAUCGAGCUUGUGGCUGGCUGUGAACACUGAGCAAUAGUACCAGCCUGCCUAGCAACAAACCCCCUCACCUGCGUUAGUCUUUUAAUUUCAUCCUCAAGCCUAUUUAUCCAUUCAUUUUGAAAGAUGAUUUGUACAAGUUCUUAGCGUGGGAUAAUCUUUUCCGUUAUCCCAAGAUUUUUUUUUAAACGAGCAAAAUCCUCCCUGUCCACCACUCUGUCUCUCCUCCCCCUCUCUUUUUGGCUCCACGCCCCCCUCCCUCCUCCCUUCCUAUCUGUAGCUCACUCCCCCACCCCUCUCACAGGGGGUUUUUCGGGAGAGGAAACCAGCAUGAUUGGAGCACUUCCUGUGUUUUAAUACCAGAGCAGGAAACAGAACAAACGGAGCUGGAUUCAAACAAAAACAGUGAGAAAGGGAGAGCGAGAAACGAACAAGUGAGUGGAGAGAGACAGAGUGGGUGAGCAAGGGAGAGAGGAAAAGUGGGGAGAUUUUUUUUAGCAGCUGCAAACCAUUUCAGUCUGAGCGACAGAAAGAAGGCAAGGGAGCCUGCAUGCAGAAAACAGAGGGAAACAGAGGAAGACUGGGAUUGCGUGGCUCCUGGUUGUUUCUCUCGUCCAAGAAGACUCUGAAAGAGAGCGAAGCGGAGAGAAGGAAAGCGUGUGUCAGGGGAUUGUCUGGGAGAGGGAGAACGCCUGCAGAGUCAGAGGCAGCGCUCAGGCUGGGGCUCGGACUGUCUGGGUCUCUUGCCCUCUGGAUACAGUGCCACGAUACACAGCAGCUCUGCCCGUCUGGACGGGGCUCACCCCACCCACCCUCUUCCCCCUAAGAGAACACUCUCACCCCCUCCCGGAUUCAGCCUUCAACUCUGGAUUCACUGUCUCUUCUUCCCUGGAGCUGUGGGUGAGCAGCGUGAUGGAAGGAGGGAGAUGAUAGACAGGCGUCUAGUCUACGCUAGGAAAAGGCUCUGGAUCUCUUUGUUCUGUUUUUUUAAAUUGCAAGACUGACUUUUGCGGCGUUGCAGGUGACGGGAUUGACUUUUUCUCGCUAAUGAUGAGGAGGAUAACGAUGACGUCAACACGGGGGAUGACGGCGCACUCCAGGCAGAGAGCGGGGCACGGCCUCCAGACCCACUCAACUCAUGCUUUGUGAUGGGAAUGAAAGGGAACGGGAGAAAGUAUAGACUGUCUGCAAGGACACUCACUGCUCGGUUACUUUGUCUGAGAUUUUGUUUUGCUGCGAUUUGUUUUUGAUUCCCUCUAAAGACUGAAGGAAAAACUAUUUUGGGCUCAACAACAAACCCUGGACUACGACCGAAAAAGAGCAACAUUUUUCACCCUGCACAACCUCUUUUCAUAUCAGGGAGUAGUGGAUUUCUCACCAAUUUGAAAGGAAACUUUAGACACUUCUUUGGCUGCUGCUCACCGAGACAGUUGCUCAACCCUUCUCUGCUGCUUAUCCUGUUGUGGCAGAGCGAGGGAGAAUAGAAAGGGAAGGAAGUAGUGUACCAGCACGGGGAGAUUGGGAAAUGAUUCCGGAGUGGAGUUGAAAGACUGUGUGAGUGAGGGGGAUUUGACAUGAAAAGAAAAACGGAACAAAAGGAUGUUAUCUCCUCGGCACUCACCUCGUUCUGGACGUUGGAUGUCUACGAGACAGCCCCUGCCUUCUUCCUGACCACCUUCCAGACCAGCAGUGCUGCCUCAUAUGCUGCCGGAGGGGAGGAGAGGAGCGUCUGCCGGCAGGUUACUCUCGAACGGAUGCUCCCCUGCAUUUCAGAUAGCGCUGGGAUAUGCCGUUGCACUUCGAUUGAAGUGACAUGGUAGCAUUCGGACCUUUGGACUUGUCCUGUGGAUUGCGAACCUUUUUUUUGUGUGUGUGUGAUUUUUGUGUCAUUUUAGUCAUUAAAGCGGAUUCAUGUUUGGGAUUGUGCUUUGGACCGGGAACGGUUGACAAAACUGAACUAUUUUCAUCCCACCUAUUGAGGUGUUUUUCCCCCAUUUGUUUUCUGUGGAAUACUUAUUGGCCCCAUCCCCAGGGGGGCCAGCCUGCCCCUAUAAAGGACCACUGCAGGGUGUCAGGGGGAUAUUUCCCAGGGGCAGCUGAGGGAUGGGGAAGCCCCUGAGCCGGCCGGACUGCCUGAGGAAAAACCCCCGAUGCCUGGGGAAGGGGGACGAGGAUGAGGCCUACAUCGAAGACUGCUAUGUCCCCCAGCGCUCCAUCUACGACACCAUGCGUAUCAAUGAGCAGAUUGACCAGGGCUCCAAGCUCAGCCAGCCCUCGCGCAGCACCCUGGGCUCGGGUGGCGGAGGAGAGGGUAGCACCCUCUCCAGCAACGGCACCAUCGGGGCUGACUUAGGGAGCGUCUUUGUGUCAAGGGGACACACUGAUGCUGGAGUUAAAAGACUGGACGAAAGGGUGAUCUUUGACGCCCUCAAGCUAACCGGCGAUCCCCAGAGCAUGUUGUCACCUGGAAGUGGCGGCGGUUCUGGUUUACCCAUCGCGGCCUCGUCCUCUGCCUCCUGUGGGGCAGCUGCAGUAAAAAGGCGCCACCAGGGCGGCGAUAAGAAAGACAACCCCAAUCGUCGCUCCUGGAAGGCAUUUAUGCCCCCCUGUUACCCCGAGUUUGCAGAGAGGCUUGAGUUCACUCCUGGGGAAAGUGCUGAGAAGCGUCUGUCUGGUCCUGGGAUUCCACUUUCUCUACUGCAGCCACCAACCCCAACCUCCACAACCCCCUUACCUCCUUACUCACCUUCCACUGUGUCGUCCGUGGUUCUUCACACACACCCCCUGUCUCUUCCUCCCCUUCGUUGACGCCGACAGUGAGUCCCAUUCCCCCCCUCCAACAGCACCCUGUUAGCAAGCAAAAACAACUUCACCCCCUGCUCCAAAAACAACACAAGCAAACACAUGCGCUACCCUCCCCUUCAAAAGAACAGCCAUCGCUGCAGUUACCUGCCCAACCCCAACAGGGCUCUGGGAGCACCCCACAGCACAGUCCCGGUGCUACCACAAAGCUGGAAAGAAAAAGGGACAAGCGUCAUCGGUGGCCAGUUGUGUCUCCCAGAGCUGGUGUCAAAAGAAUUCCAGAGGAGAGGCCGGAAGCGGCCAAGGCUUCUGACUCUGAAAGAGAUACUGACUCUCCUGUCCUAGAACAAGAACAGGACAACGCCCCUCUCCUAC